CUGACCAACCCGGAAGCGAGAAGCCCAGUUGAAAGUGUCACGAUGUCAAAUUGUUGUUGACGAAUAGAUUGAAUGUUUCUCUGGUUUUAGUCUUCACGUGACGUCAUGGUUCGGUGUUUCCUGAUCCACACCGUGUGUCCGGUGUCCGCUCUGUCUGCCGGGGAGAGCAGGCUGCUGUUCUCCCGGGUGUUCGGGCCGGACGAGGGGGUCCUGACCGAGCAGCACCGGGGGCUCGGCCCGGAGGAGAGGCGGGUCCUGCGGCGGGAGAAGACGGCGGUGGUGGCGCGGCAGGUGCGGAGCGCCGUCUCCCUGUCGCGGGAGGCGUCGGGCCGGCCGCCGGUGGAGGCGGUGCCCGGGGAGGAGGCGCUGGCCCUGCAGGAGGCCGGCAGCGGAGCGGUGCGCCUGCGAGCCGGCGACCCUUUCCCCGAGGAGAUGAGCGCCCUGUGGCUGGCCGUCCAGAGUCUGGGCUUCACGCUGGUCUGCGAGCCCCACGAGAACCUGCCGCUGGCCGAGGGGACCCUCCGCAACCUGACCCGACACUGCCUGGAGCACCUGCACAUGCUGGGGCCGGGCAGCGAGGUCCUGCUGCGGAGCGACCGCGUCGACGCCCUGCUCAGCCGCCUGCUGCCUCACGGGCAGCUCCUCUUCCUCAACCACCGCUUCGCCCAGAGUCUGGAGAAGGAGGUGGCGGCCUACAUGGCCAAGUGAAGGGCGGCCACGUUGAGGUCGCGCCGGUCCGACUCCCAGCGGUGCCGCUCGAUGACGACGAGCUGUGUGUAGUUUACGGUUUGGUGACGUUCCUGCGGCAGCAGGUGGAAGAAGCUCGGAUGACUGGCGGCUGCUGCCUCAGAUAACAGGAGGCGGUGAACACAUAAGAGUGGUAAAUAUUCCCCCCCGCUCACUCACUCGACUGUUUACCGUGUGGGAGGCUUCAGUUCAAAUCCUGUUUGUCAUAUUGAGGGGUGGAAAAAAGGAAAAUGCGGCAGAUUAAAAAGAGAGAGCGUGACUGAAGAGGCCCGGUUUUUAAAAACCCACUCGUCGUCAUCAUCAAAGACGGCCAUUUAUCUAAUUCGCCACACUUGAAAUUGUCACAGCGUGACCUUGACCGACCAGACUCAACCAGACUCCACUUCCCCCCGAGUAUAACUGGAGCUGAAAAUGCACCGUCGCCCGAGUCGUGGCUCGGAGUCGGGCGUCUGUUCCAGGAGAGUGGGAGGGAACCAGAGCACAAACAAACAGCAGAAAGUCAAACCCGUUCAAUGUCAUUCUGAACCGAAUAUGCCAGAAUUCUUGAGGACACUUGAGGACAAUGAGAAAAAAAAAAGGCAGGCGAUGACGUGAAAUAUAAUAAAACCACGAUGAAUGUACAUAGAGAUGUUGGCAUGAACAAAACGGGAAGCGAUGACAAAGACAGAAAGAAUGGAAACAUCCAGGCAACAAAUAAGAAAUGUUCUCCAGUAUCUUGUGAACAUCUGUCUCUGAGAAACUAGACUCCUGCUGCUCCUCUCGCCCUCGUGAAAGACUCCUGAACCCCAGUUUCUGUGUUGGCAACCCAAUCAGAAACUGAAGCAAUGCUAUUUAAGAAAAAAAAAAGUCUGACUUGGUGCCAACAUCAGUUGCUUUGAUUGUUUCUUUUUUCUUCUGUAUAAAAAAAAUAAAAACUUAAUUUCCAGUAUAA